CCCAAAAAAAGGAAAACAAAUUCUUCAACUCCUUUCUCUCUCUGUCCUUCCUCGCCAGAAAAAUGGCCGCUAUGCAACACUCUCCGGUCACGUUCCAGUCCAGAUCUCUACCAUCGGCGGCCAAAAGCCUAUCGAACAAGCCGCUGAACCUCUCAUUCUCUGGCAACUUCCCCUCCUUCAGGCUGACCAACAAAGUUGCUGGGAAAUCUCGAUCCGGCGCCUCCUCCGCUAGAAUGUCCGCCACCGCUGCCGGAAGCUACGCAACCGCCCUCGCCGACGUCGCGAAGUCCAACGGAACCCUAGACACCACCGCGGAAGACGUUGAGAAAAUUGAAAAAGUCUUGUCCGAUGAACAGGUACUGGGUUUCUUCUGCAACCCUACGAUUGAUAUCGAGAAGAAACGCAACGUUUUGGACGAGAUAGCGAAGACAUCGGGCAUCCAACCACACACCAUGAACUUCCUGAACAUCCUGGUGGACAUGAAGCGAAUCGAUUUGAUAAAAGAGAUAGCGAAGGAGUUCGAAUUGGUGUACAACCGGCUGACGGAUACGGAGUUGGCAGUGGUGAGCUCGGUGGUGAAACUGGAGUCGGAGCACUUGGCGCAGAUAGCGAAGCAAGUGCAGAAGCUGACUGGCGCCAAGAAUGUGAGAAUCAAGACGGCGAUCGAUCCGAGCUUGGUGGCUGGCUUCACAAUCAGGUAUGGAAGUGGCGGUUCCAAAUUGAUUGAUAUGAGCGUGAAGAAACAGCUUGAGGAAAUUGCUGCUGAGCUGGAGUUGGGGAAUAUUCAACUGGUUUGAUUUCAUCGCUUUUUCAAAACAAAAACAUGUUUUGAAUUAAUUUUAAUUUCAUGUUUUGUCAAAGCGGAAUUAUAUGUAUGUUCAUCAAUUGAUUCUUAGAAUAUAAUAGUUGUUGGGGGAGCGAUGAUCUU